CAAUGCGAAUCGGUUGUGGUAAUGUUGUGUGGGUUGAAGACAGCCUUCAUUGAAAAGAGGUUUGAAGAACGUAAAACAAGUUUCAUUCUGUCCGUCGUUAGCAGUCUGAUUCAACUAAUCGAUACAGUUUAUCUUCGGUGAAGACAUGUAGAGCAAUCGCUUGAAAUUUCUAGUAAUAGGUAAACACAACUCCACAUUGAAAGUCUUCAAGGAGCAGAAACUGUCCAAAAUCUACAAAUAGAAAAUCGUAAUUGGAUGUCAUCAAUCCCGCUUGUUGGUGGUGUUAGUGUCAGUCUGGCUCGGGGACUGUUUAUAUACUUAUAUCAUUUGGCUUUGUCCACAAUCAGUAGGUUGGCGAAACAGUGGACGAAGUUGGUCGAGUUUCCGCCGAUGGGAACGAGAUCGGGGAUCACUCCGACGGGUACGUGAUAAGGCUAAACAACGACGAACGAACUAGUGUCCUCAAAGUGAAGAUAUAGAGUUCUUAGAGUUGAGUGUAAUUGUAUUAUUAAAUGUAAAAAAACAUGACUAAUAAAGAGUAGUGUUAUUUGAAUUGAAUAUUUUCUGCUCAAUGUAUAUCGAAUGAGGUACAUUCUUCAUUCACUGCGGGAAACCGCAUUCCUACAUAACAUGUGUCAAUUAAAAUUAUGUAUGGAAGUCAGAUCGCAUAGUGUACACACGAGUUUGUGCUGAGUUUAAAUACUAAAGCAAAUUCGUACGUUGCUUUUGAGGUGAAACAUAGAAGUAGAUAAACGGGAAUGAUGCAUUUCUCAAUUCCGGAUACGCAGGAAUUCGGUUCGGAUAAUUCCGGUUCAUCCUUCACGGGCUUCAACAUACACAUCAAUGGAAGCUUCCACUGCUGUCUGCGGUACAAACAACUACACAGCCUGCAUGAACAACUGAAACGGUCACUGCCCACGCUGGUAUUGCCGAGCUUUCCGCCCAAGAAGUUGCUGCCGUUGACACCGAGUCAAAUCGAACAGCGGAGGAUUAGCCUCGAGCGUUACAUUCAACUGGUCGGCCAGGAUCCGGUGCUCUGCCGUUCGGAGCUGCUUCGAGCCUUCCUACUCAAUGCCCAGCAGGAAUCAUUUUUCACCGAAUGUCGCGAGGUUAACGUGGACGUGUUCCUUAUGAACGGCUACCGGAUAUCGACCAAGGCACUGACCACGGACUGUUCCAGCAAAUUGCUGGAAAAAGCUUGCGCACUCAUCGACCUCCCCAAAGAGUACACAUACUAUUUCGCACUGUAUCUGAUACGGAAGGAGGACAACGGUGACAUUGCCAUCGCCAAGAAGCUGAUGGACUUCGAGGCACCGUUCGUCUCGCAGAAGCAAUGGGAGGAUUGUAAAAUUGUGAUACGAACAAGUUACUGGGAUAUGAACUACGAUCUGGAACUGAUGCGAGACCGAAUCGCACUGAAUCUCCUUUACAUCCAGACGAUGAGUGAUGUUGAACGAGGUUGGAUAAUCACCAGCCGAGAUUUGAGCGAGCAGCUAACUGAUCUUCAGGCACAAGGGAAUAAACGGGAGUAUUUGGACAUUGUCCGUAAGCUGCCUCUGUAUGGUUGCCUGCAGUUUCCACGAGUAUGUGUUGACUAUCCCCAAUCGAACACAAUGGCGACGGUUAUAAUCGGAAAUCGGGAGCUGAAUUUGUUGACUCACUAUGGGAAAAAAAUUCAAGAGACUAAAUUUAAAGUAACUAGGAUUCGAUGCUGGCGGGUAACCACAAUUCAUAAUAACGAGGAAAUAUCUUCCAAUUCGUCGUCAGAGAGCCGAGAAGCGUCAGGCAAUUUGGAAUUAUCAUUCGAAUACUUAAUGGCUAAAAAUCAGCUCAAAUGGAUUACUAUUUUCAGCGAACAAUCAAUGCUUAUGUCCGUGUGCCUUCAGUCUAUUGUAGACGAACUGUUGAAUCAGAAGAACGGUUCCGACAUUAACAAUAUACAAACUCAUCAAGCGGAAUUUGCGCCUCUUUCCUAUAUAAGACGAGAUGGAUCCAACUACUGCAUUACAGAUUCCAGUUCAACCGAUACGCUAAGUAGCAUUAGUGAUACCAACAAUACAUCGAAUCAAACCAUCGGAAAUAGUCACAAUGGAACCUCAUUCCUUAGACGUAAACUGAAGGAGUUUAAUACGACAGUGCGCUUCAAAACCGGCAAAGACUCGGUACACAACGAAGCUUUCGAAUGGAUCGGGGAUGAUGAUUUGUAAAUACUAAGCAUGGACAAUGUGAAAAGAGUUUCAGAGUGGAAAAAAUAAUGGCAGAGAUUCCAAUUGAGGCUGUUCAAAACUAUCUGUAGUUUUAGAUGAUCAUGAUUCGUUUUGAGUCUAUAUAAUGCACAAAUUUCACAAGUGACGGACAGGUGAAAUUUUUUUUGUGCUUUUUUAUUGGUGUGAAUGCAGGUAGUUUAUCCUUCAUAAAUAUGAGAAAAUGGCUUUACUAACAUCGAACUUUUUUUAAAUCAUAUGUAGCGUAGGGGGGAUCGGGGCUAAACCGGACAUUUUUAGAAAAUUGAAAAAGCAUCCAUUACAACUAAAUUUUUACCCAAGUUAUCUACACCGUUGUGUAGCUUCAGCCAAUUAUAGUAUGGAAAUAUAGGCAUUAGUUUCCGUAAAAGUCGCCUAAGUUACCAAUCCAAAAUUUAGAAUUUCAGAAACUUCGGUACUAAACCGGACACCAAAUGGAGUGAAACCGGACACACACAGUUAGACGCCUUGGUGAAUUGAAUCUUAGCUACAUUAUUAGUGUCUAGAUGCAUUCGUUCUUUAAGUAAGAUUUCAAUUUCAUUUGCUGCUGGCCUAACUUUGCAGCGCUUGAAAUCAUUACUAAUUGAAUUUGGUUUUGUAUGCCAAGUUUCAGGCUUUGUCAAAUCGUGUUUGCCCAUUUCUUACACUCUAUUGUUCGCUACACUGUAUUGUCUUUGUUUCUGACGUUUCGACCGUAAACAAUUUUCGACUGUGUCGGAUGAGAUGCGAGCACGAACUGAAAUUGGAUAUUUCUUGGAAAUUGAAAAAACACCCAUUGGACCUAUGUUUUGACAUCGGUACCGUUGUUUAGUUUCAACCUCUAGCUACUAUUCUAAUUUCUUAGUUAAAAAAAACAUGCAUUAGCUUUUGUACCAAAUCACGAUGAAGUGACCAACCCAAAUCGAAUAUUUAGAAACGUCGGGGCUUAACCAGACUAUAAAGUUUCACACAAAAAUUAAGAAACGAACACAGUAGGGUGCCAGAUCUUUAGAUAACCUAAUGAGUGCAAAAAAAUGAAACAAAUGGAUUGUCUGUUGACUUCAAUCUUGCAUGAGACAUAAUCCUGCUCGCUGGGAAUCUAGGUUUUUUUGGUAUUGAAACUUUACACCCUGCAGUACCAAAUAAUUGAUGUUGACUAUUUGACUGUUUCGCUACAUAAAAUGAACGUUUUACCAAAAUUUAUAGAAAAUAUGAUUAUAAUAAGAGAUAAAAAGUAGAAUGAAAAUAUAGAUAUCAAUAUUUAGGUAUGUUUCAUGAAUCCGUUAAGAAUUUCAAGUAGAGAAUUAUGUGUCUUCUUGACCCCAACUUUUUUGUCCGGUUUAGCACCGCUUAAACAAUUCAUCUUGAGACGCAAUAAUAAUUUUAUUUUCUAUGUAAUCGAAAGCACACAAUAAUCACUGAAUUCAGCACGAAAUCAAUUUGGAAGCAUUGACCAGACCAUCAUUAAAAUACACAGAAAUCAAAUAUAUCCAAAAAAUCAGUAAAAACCGUACACAUUUUGACACAAACACGAUUGACGUCAAACUGAAUUAACUUAGUGUCAUCCAGCUAACUGACGCUUGUAUGUCACAUGAAAACGCGUUUAUAUUGUCAAUCCUUGGAUCGAAAUAAUUGCUGGUUUAUAAGAUAUUUAAGCUGUUCGGUUCAACCCCGUAUCCAUACUAGCCCCGGUCUCCCCCAUUGAUAGUAAAUACAACCUUAUUUAAUAUAUAUUAUUGAAUGUGAUCUACAUAUGUACUAAAGUUGUUCCUUUCAAUACACCAGUUGUUGCUUUUAUUAAGCUAUUGAACUUAUGACACAGUUUUACACCAAAGUCUACAAUUUACUCGAAAAAUAGUUGAUCUAUAUUAAAGUGAGGUGGGUCCUUCAAAAAUAUCCUUCAAAUAAAUCCCGGUAGGCUUUUUUCUUGACAAAAUCUGCAUGUCGCCAUUAGAACACAAAACCAUAAUACACUAGCUCCCCUAGCUGUAAUUCUGAGAACUAAAUUAGCUGUACACUACUACUACCACAUUUGUGUUGUAAUAUUCCAUAUAUAUAUAAUUUUUUUACGUAUAUUUUUUGUAAAUGACAAUACUAGCUUUCUGUAUGCUUCCUAUAACAAUGUAAUUUUUGAUAAUUGUGUAUAGAUAUCGACAAAGAAUAGCGGCCCUUACACGAGAAUUAUUAAAGUCAUUUUUUAUGAAUACUAAGUAAUGACAAUUUGACAAUUUGUAAUGAUAAUUUGACAAUUUGUAGGGAGAAUUCAUCAUUACUGCCCUUACACGUUUAUUAAAAAUGACAUGGUAAUAAUGACAUUACUGGUCCUCGUGUAAGGUACCCUAAUUCUUCAUCAAAAUGGCAUGUAUGGCAAGUGCUAGAAGUCUUCCAACAGUUUAGAAAAUUUUGUUCGAGUUUUCACUCAAAUCAAAAACAGAGAACAAUAUCCAGACGCUUUUAGGGUUUUCUUGUUUAUUCUUCGAAUAAUUUUGUCAGAUUGGAAAGUACGUUGCAAUCUAUGUAGUCUACAAAAUAUGAUAUAUAGUAAUCUAACAAAAUAGCAACAGUAUAUUUUAAGAAGCUAGAUACGUUGUAUUCCAGUCGAUUUGAACAAAAUGCAAUCAGUUGCUUAGGAAGACAUUCUGGCUUUAUGUAUAAGAAUAUCUAGAUUAGGUGGCUAUGUGAAAAAUGAGGAUUCAAUCCUAUAAAAUACAACCUGUUUUCAAUAA